GUAGCUUAAUGUCAAUGGGUUCACCCAACUCCAAAGUAAGCAGACAGAAGCCACUCAAAAUCAGUAAAAAAGGGAUACUAGGUCUUCCUUGAUCAAAUAAUCAAUUUCUUCAAUAUGUGUACACUAAAUUAGAAUAUCUUCAUUUAGAAAAAUAUACAAUAACUAAUACAUCCAAUUCUGGGCAUAAAUUGAAGCAAAAAUGCAAAAAACAAGUUUAAGUUAUUUUUUUGUACUCCUCAUCGUGUCCGUGACUUCAUGUGAAGAAUAUAACUUGUACGGAGAUGCUGGACAAGCUUAUGCGUUUGAAAUUGAUAUCGGACAUCCGAAACAAAAGCUUAAUGUAAUAAUUGAUACAGGAAGCACAACUUUGGCUAUUGCAGCAUAUCCAAGAAAAGAUAAUAAUAAAUAUUUUUAUCCUGGUAACUCAACAACAAUAUACAAUAGUAUCACAAAGAUCGAGUCAAAAUAUUAUCAGGGGACAUGGGUUGGCCAUUUAGUAUCUGAUUUUGUAACCUUCCCUUCACUACCGUUGAUACCAGAAGUUAGGUGUGAUAUCGCAUUAAUAAGUAAGAGUCACAAAUUCUUUAUGAACGGCUCGGGAUGGCAGGGAUUACUAGGGCUUGCAUAUUUAUCAGUAGGAGCCCGAAGUGAUGGUGUCAUUGUUGGUUCCUGGUUGGAUUCUGUUGAGAGAUCCUUGAAUAGGCCUAUGUCUUUUCAGUUCAAGUUAUGUGGGGUUGAGAGUCCUAACAACGCCACACAUUAUGGAAAGUUUGAAAUGAUAGCUGAUAGUUCAAGAUCAAAUGAAGUUAUUUAUCGAACUCCAAUUUUGCGUAAGAGAUGGUAUGAAAUAGGUGUGCUCUCAGUGAGAGCUUUUACAAAGUUACCCAACUCGUCUUUUGACAAAUCCAAUGAUACAUUAAAAGACAACAAUACUAUUGACAAGGAUAUGUGUAUGAAAUUAAAUAAAGAUAAAAGUAUUUUGGAUUCUGGAACAACCAGUAUAAGACUGCCCGAUGAGAUAUUUACCAAGGUUGUAAAUGUACUAAGAAAUGCUGCACAAACAGCAAAUAUGUUGAUUUGGGAUGAAUUUUGGUACCAUGGCGAGGCUACCUGUUGGCCGGAACCUCAGGAAUGGUCUUUACCUUCAAUUGCCAUUGACCUUCUCAGCACUGAUUCAGAUAAUGAAUAUUUUACAUUGGAAAUACCGCCACAGAACUUUAUGCGGGUGAUGACGGCUCGCAACAACAGCAUGUCGGGUCGCGUGUCCGAGUUCUGUUACAAGCUGGGGCUAGAGGCUGGCGGACAAGAGACGGUCCUUGGAUACACCGCAAUGGAAGGACUAGAGGUACUCUUCAAUAGAUCAGCUGGUUGGAUCGGUUGGAAACCAUCAAACUGUGGUCCAAAUGCACGUGUAACAGGCCCGUAUAAUAUUUCAUCGUCCUUAAUAUCGCUAUGCGAGUUGACAGAACCGGUCCCCGAUGUUGCGGUCUCCAUUAAAGCUGCCCAAUGGACGCUCUGCGUUAUAUCCAUUGUAGCCGCUGCUGUAUUAAUAUAUUUACUGGCUCCCUGUAUUAAGGUAUACUUAAUCAGACCGUUGCCAAGAACACAACAAAUCUCUUUAUCCCAAACAUCUUUAGUUGAAGAAGAAGCCUAAAUAUAGGUAGAAGAAUCUAUUUUAUAUUAAUACCAAAUUAUGGAUGAGCGAAAAUUACCAAAAAAAAAAAAAAUAUUUUGGAAAUUAUUUUUUAUAGAUGUGAUCUGUUUUCGUUGGAUAAUUUUAAAAUGAUCGUCGUAUACCUAUUCAUACUUAUUUCACUGAUCUCAUUUUCUUCUUAACAAAAUGUGAUAUUUUAGUUUGUGAUAAUGUUUGUUUUUCAACGUAUAUCAAAAAAAAAAAAAAUUACAAGAACUUAUGUUGCGCAGGGAGUUCAAUUUUAAUCUUUAUUGAUUACUAUCAGUAUCAAUAAACAAAAAUAGUCAUGAAUUUUUACGUUCCUUUUGAAAAUGUAACGUUUACGUAUAACGGUUCUUUUUAUUCGGAGCUUUUUUCCAAACGAACCGUUUCUAUAGUUGUAUAUGUAUAUGUAUUUACUUAUAUUUUAGUACUGUAGUAUUUUAAUGGGCAUUUUGUAAUAAGUAUAAAUACUCUUUGAGAGUCAUUAAAAUUAUAAAAAGUCUUAAGGCACGAUUUUCAUAUAUUUUGUAGCGUUUUUAAGUUGCACAAAAUCGGUCUUUAUAAAAUUCUUAGUAUAACUUGCACAGUGUGUUUUUGGAAGACUAACAUGCUUAUAUAGUCUGAGACUACGUCAUAGAUUUAAGUUAUAUCUGGAAAACUGAAUUGAUAUUUAUCUUAUGAAGAUCAGUUAUCAGGUAAUAUUUUUAAGUUAAAUAAUUAAACCUGGAAACAAUUUUUUGUACUAAUUGUCACUAAAUAGUGUAACCGAAAUGCCAACCAAAAAAUAUUGAGUGUAAUUUUUUUUAUCAUGAUGAUAUUUUUUUUUGAUAUUGACUAACCGCUUCGAAUAGUGUCUGAAACAACAUUUCUUGGUCAGACUUAGGCAAAAAAAAAAAAAUUUCUAGAAUUAAUUAUUAAAUAAUCAGAAAUUUGUUUAUUCAAAUAAUGGUAACUAGCUGACUUAGUUUAGUGAAUGUCUUUCGACGUAAAACUAUUUCUACUAUCAAUAUCUGUCCAUUUCAUAACGUAUCAUUUUUCAUAAUCAUACUUUUGUGUUGAUAAAAAAAAAAAACAUCCGUCUCAGAAUAGACCUUUAUUUAUUCAUUUAAACUUUAAAGAUUAGAUAAAUGAAAAUAGAUGAUAAUUAAAAUCGUAGUCUUAUAACAAAUUAAUUCUUCAUUAAAGAAGUCAUUUUCAAUUUUUCCAUACAUAUCUAGAGGAAAAAAAUCUCAUAAUGCCAUAUAUAUUUUGUAGAAAAAAUACUUUUAAGAGUAAAUGGCACUUAACAAUUAUUCUUCUAGCACAUUUUUAAGAUUUAAGUAGUGUUAAGUACUUAAGCCUGAUGAGCGUGUUUUACUUUUAUUACUUCACUAUUAUUAAAAUAUAUACUUUUUUGAAAUAUUUUGAUUCAGAAAAAAAUGCAGUUAAUGAAAAAAUCAACAAUGCAGUAUUAAUCUUUUAUGCUAAUACUAUUUUAUUUUUAUUCGUUUAUUAAAAACGUUUUGUUUAAUUUUAGAGCAUUUUCAAGUGUGAUAAUUUUUAUUUAAGUACUGUCGUGUGCGUGAAAUGUAGACAAAUACUAAGGUAUAUUUAAAAAAGAAAUUGGAAUUUAAUUAGGUCAUUGAAUUGAAGAACUUUGAUGUUGGGAUUUGUACUUUGUUUUUUUAAAUUUCAUCUAAAUAAAUGGUAACUUUCUUCUUGCCAGACUUAAAAAUACGUGGCCAAAAAAACAAUGUUUUUUUUUAUGUUAAGUGUUGCCAUGAAAUUUAUAAUUUAUAUAUUGUUUGUGAAUGGAGUGACCAAUUAGGCAAAAGGGUUUAAAGAUAAAUUUGUCAAACAACAAAUUGUUAUAUUUACAAUAAAGUAUUGUCUCAAAA